CCUGAGGACAGCCCUACUCUUAAAACAGCGCUGGUUUCUCUUCCAGAGUAAAGACUUCGGUCUUUACGCAAAGGCCGAGAAAUGAGUCCUUCUAAACGCCCGCAAGAGCUCUUGGAGCCGAGUGGAUCAGAAUCGGAAGAUGAUUCUUUGCCAAAUAACGAAGCCCUCCAUCCUAAUAAAAGAAUACGCAGUUCCGAAGGGAGUUCAGAGCCUAGCGAAGAUGAUAUAGGCGAAGAAGACGACCUGUCGAUCACCGAUGCUGAUGAUGAUGAUGAUGAUACUGAACUGGAUAUGCUUGCGACGCAAUUGAUACAAGAGAAAUACUCCUUCAGAAGCGACGAGCCGAAUUUGCCUGCUGAGCAUGGAAUACUUGAGCGCGUGGAAUGUUAUAAUUUCAUGUGCCAUGAUCAUUUCUAUGUCGAGCUAGGCCCACUGAUCAAUUUCAUUGUUGGAAAGAACGGCAGCGGGAAGAGUGCAAUCCUCACUGGAAUCACCCUCUGCUUAGGAGGGAAAGCGUCCUCCACAAAUCGUGGACAGAGUCUCAAAAGCUUCAUCAAGGAAGGAAAGGAGAAUGCCACCAUCAUCGUGCGCAUUAAAAACCAAGGAGAUGGUGCAUAUAUGCCUGAUGAUUAUGGGAACUCAAUUAUUGUUGAGCGUCACUUUGCAAGAAAUGGUACCAGUGGUUUCAAGAUCAAGGGCGAGAAUGGACGUAUCAUAUCAACCAAGAAGGCCGAACUCGACGCGAUUACAGAUUAUUUUUCUCUCCAGAUCGAUAACCCAAUGAAUGUCCUUUCCCAAGAUAUGGCACGUCAAUUCCUCAGCACUUCGAGCCCCGCUGAAAAGUACAAAUUCUUCGUGAAAGGCGUCCAACUAGAGCAGCUGGAUCAAGACUAUCGAUUGAUCGAAGAUUUCAUAGAUCAAAUUUUGCACAAACUUGCGGGCAGGGACGAAGAUAUUCAGUAUCUAAAAAGUUGCAAGGAUGCGGCAAAAGAAAAGCUUCAAAUGUCCGACCAGCAUGAAUCCCUCAGAGAGCGCAUAAGAAAUCUUCGAAGUCAAAUGGCCUGGGCCCAGGUUGAGGAGCAAGAGCGGUCGAUGGAAGAGCUAGAUCAUGAAAUUGCUCAAGCAGAUACAGACAUAAACGCAGCAGAGGCGGCAACGGGUGAAUUUGAUGUGGCAUUCCAGGAGGCUGAAGCUGAGCUUGAAAGUGCUAAGAGGAUUGUUCAAGAAACCCACUCAAACCUAGAACAAGCCAAAAACGACAGGGAUGAAUUCAAGGGUAGACUUGACGAGGAGAUGAGACAAAGGCACGACUUGCAAGCCGAACAACGUCAAAUAAACGAAUUGCUGAAAGCGGCCAAAUCGAGGGUUGAAGAGACUAAAGCGAAGAUUAAUGAAGAAGUUCAGCGAAUGGCUGAUGCCGAUGGCGGCGGCUUUGCCCGGAAACAAGAAGAAUUCCGCCAAAAGGAACUCGAAGUUGAGGAAGCCAAAAGACAAAUCGAAGGACAUCAAGGAGAAAGGCAACUCCUUGAGAAUCACCGUCGAGAAGCCGAGGCCGCCCUCAAAGAAGCCCUAACGCCCGUCUCGAAUAAGAAGUCUGAUAUUGAACAGGCAGAGGCUCACCUGCGAAAUCUAGUCAAAGACGGCGGAUCCCAAAGGUCGGGAUUUCCGGACCGUAUAUCCGACCUUCUGAGAGCAAUUCAACAAGAAUCGUCCUUCAGCAAUCGCCCUGUUGGUCCCGUUGGCAACCACAUUACUUUGCUUAAGCCGAAGUGGUCAUCGGUUCUCGAGAGCUCCUUUGGAACUUCACUCAGCAGCUUCAUUGUCACUACAAAGCGAGAUAUGAACAUUCUUUCGAAUAUCAUGCAGAGGGUCGACUGUGUAUGUCCUAUCUUUAUUGGUAGUGGUGGGCACAUUGACACGUCUGGUCACGAGCCUGAUGACAGAUAUGACACUGCUUUGAAAGUUCUCGACAUUGAUAACGAUCUAGUCCGGCGCCAGUUGAUUAUCAACCACGGGAUCGAGCAAGUACUAUUGAUCGAGAAUGUAUCGGAAGCUUCUUCGUUUCUAUUUGAUGGACCGCGUCCGCAGAAUGUGAAACGGUGUUAUUGUAUUGACCCGAACGACAGGAGACGUGGUGUUCACCUCUCAUUUAGUCGCACAGGGGAGCCAAGCCAAGCACCUGUUCCAGUCUACAGUGGAAACACACGGAUCAAGUCCGACUUAGCCUCGAGGAUAACCAUUCAACGCGAAGUUGUAGCCGAUCUGAAGCGUGAAUUAGGUGAUGCCGAACGCGAAGUUCACUCUUGUCGUUCCCGUCUUGAAAGCUGCAAACAAGCACUAGUAAGACACGAAAGGAAAGCCAGAGACCUGCAAAUCUCUCUCCAGAGAUUAGAAGAUCAAGUGGAAGAGCUCAGGGAUAUUAUUGACAGAGAAUCAAUACAAGACGGACAUAUUGAUGUUCUGCAAGCAACUCUACGAGAAGCCGAAGAAGAGAGAAGUCUGAAUCAAGGGUCCCUUGAUGACUGCCUCAAUGCGAUGAAUGCUAUGAUGGUCAAAUUGAAAGAAUCGAACCGUGAAAUGCGAAGGAGGGAUGCUGAGGUCCAGACUCUAGAAGAGCAACACAGGGUUGCGCAAAGCGAAGAGCACGGGGUCUCUAGAAAGCGUGCAAAAAUUCUGAGUGAUAAAAACUCCGCCAUAGAGAAUGUUGAUAUCCAAAAGCAGGCCAGAGAAAAGUUAGGUCAGAAAAAAGAACGACUCGCGGCUCGAAUCGAGGAUUAUUGCGAGAAAGCCGGAAUGGUGUCAGCCCGCGUGGUUGUUGAUGAAGGGGAAACUCCUGCUAGCUUAGACAAAAAGCUAGACAAACUCCAUAAAGACCUGCAGCAUCUUGAUGAAGAAAUUGGAGCAUCUCGAGAGGAAAUUGCGGCAGAAGCGAUGAAAGCCAACGCAGAUUUCAAACAAGCACAAAAACAGGUCAAAGAACUUAAAUCAUUAUCUGAAGUCCUGGCAGCUACUUUAAGCCAUCGAAAAGGCCGCUGGAAGUUGUUCAGAUCGCAUAUAUCCUCACGUGCCAAGGCGCAGUUUACUUAUCUCCUGAGCGAAAGAAGCUUUCGUGGUCGACUUCUAACUGAUCAUAAGGGCAAGCUUCUCGAUCUACAGGUCGAGCCUGAUAUUACAAAAGAUAGUAGUGCUGGCCGUGGUGCGAGAACUCUUUCAGGAGGCGAGAAAUCGUUCUCACAGGUCUGUCUGUUAUUGGCCCUGUGGGAAGCCAUGGGGUCACCGAUUCGCUGCUUGGAUGAAUUCGAUGUGUAUAUGGACUCUAUAAACAGACAGAUGGCUAUUGAUAUGCUUAUGCUCGCCGCAAGACGAUCAAUUGGGCGACAAUUCAUUCUGAUCACACCUGGGUCAAGGACUGAAAUCAAAAUGGCCCCUGAUGUCCGGGUCAAAGAACUAGCCGAGCCUGAACGUGGUCAAACAACAUUAUCGUUUCGAAAUUAAAUAUCAUCAAUUUACUGCAUAUUUCAUCCCAUAAUCCUAUUAUGUCUCUCAAAAUUCGAUCUGUCUGACACGAAGUGAUGACCAUAGAAGAGUCAUUACCCGUAUAUUGAGGGCUUAAAUCAACGAGGGAGAAGCUGUCGAGCACCAUGUAUAGAUGAUAGAUUCUAGCCACUUCUCAUUCUUCUCAAAUUUGCAUAGCAGAUACCAGCACGAAUAUCUACAAUAUUAAAUGACUUACUUGGUUGAAGAUAUUCAAGACUAUGGAAGUCUGGCCUUUAGUGCUU